CAACGGCAGCAGUCUUAUUACAGUGGUCGAUCCACCCACUGAUCCGACACCCUCUCCUGAUGGUGGUGGUGGUGGUGGUGGUGACAAUGAUGGUGAUGAUGCUGGUGGUGACAAUAAUGGUGGUGGUGAUAAUAAUGGUGAUGGUGGUGGUGAUAAUGUUGGUGACGACAAUGCUGGUGAUGAUGACGAUAAUGUUGGUGGUGGUGGUGGCGGUGGUCAUGGUGAUGGUUGUGCCACUGCUUCCCCCAUCGCUCUGUCAGCUAUUGCCCUCAUGGUUAUCACGCCAAUGUUAUUACCGUAA